AUGGCUCCCUCUGUGCACUGUGGUGAUGAUGCUAUGACCUUGCGUGUUCCGGGACCAAGAACGCCACACUUGAUGGUUGAUGGAGGAGAGGGGCCUCCAGUGCCAUUGUCUGAGAUGCCAGCCAGUUGUGGUUUCUCGGUGAAGCGGGUACGCAGAGAUGUCUCAUUUGUUGCUCCAUACCAUGGUUGUAAUGUCCAACAACAGGGUGGAAGUUUUGUUCUGCCACUGAUUAUAAUGGGGGCACCAGUGCAGAUGUCUUGCCCUGUGACUCCAACCCUCCCUACAGUUUCUUGCUUUCCCACUGGCAUGGUUAUCUCACUUGGCGCAAGGGCAGAUACUGUUCAAAUUAAAGUUGAUGGAUCAUGGCAGCCUCUGCUUCUGACAUACUCUAAAUGUGGGUUCACUUUGGACACUACUGGUGGUGCACUGGUUGUCACCGCACCGUUCACAGGAAGCUGUUGGGAAAUUAAGGAUGCUGACAGGCACCUCCCUAUACGGUAUGGUGAUGAGGAAUCAACUCUUUCUUAUCCUAUGACAUCACCAACAACUGCUCCUACUAUUCCUGCACCUCUUCCCACCACAAAUGCUGUUGCCCCUUCAGCCCCAGUUACAGUCCAAAACCCAGUUGGCACCCCUGAAUCCCCAUAUUACCCUUUCCCACAUGGAAAACCAUGGUGGCAUUUUCCACCUUACCAUCCAGAACCUGCAACUGCUGCCCCUACAGCCCCAGUACCUGUCCAAGAUCCAGUUGGCACCCCUGAAUCCCCAUAUUACCCUUUCCCACAUGGAAAACCAUGGUGGCAUUUUCCACCUUACCAUCUAGAACCUGCAACUACUGCCCCAGUAACUGUCCAAGACCCAGUUGGCACCCCUGAAUCACCAUAUUACCCUUUCUCACAUGGAAAACCAUUGUGGCAUUUUCCACCUUACCAUCCAGAACCUGCAACUGCUGCCCCUACAGCCCCAGUAACUGUCCAAGACCCAAUUGGCACCCCUGAAUCACCAUUUUACCCUUUCCCACAUGGAAAACCAUAGUGGCAUUUCCCACCUUACCAUCCAGAAUCUGUGUACAUAGGUUUACUUCAUUGAUCCCUGAGGAGAAUCUUGUGUAAACCUAAUAAAGCUUCAUGAA